AUGCUGUUGACCAAUGGAAAACGCGUGGGCACCAGAAACCCUACAAGAUUCCACCCUCUUUUCGCACUGCACCUCGUCAUGGGCUCCUUUGCUAUUCCUGGUAAUAAAUUUAUGCCCAAUUUACUUCAAUAGGGACUCACCUGGCAAUAAAAGAUGAAAAAAAUGUUUCGGGGAGCUUCACACAUGUUCAUGAGGGAAAUAUUUUUGCAAACGUUGCUGGUCACGUUGUUGCUGAAACACAAUCAGACGGAACAGUAUUUAUCUGCAGUUGAUCAACUUGUUUUUAGACCGUCUACUCUAUAAAACCUAUUCGGCAGGCGUUACCGAUCCCGUCUAUUGGCUCCAUUGUACUCGCAAAGGUAGGCCGAACGUGUCUGUCCGUACAUAUGUACGGAAAGAUAAUCAUAUGAUUAUCUUUCCGGCAAUGACCUGUGCGAAUUUUAACUUAAUCCGGUCCACAUAAUGGUCUUGUUUCCAGAGUUCAAAUGCACUCGUAUUCUAGGUCUGAGGUCGAACUUUAGCUGGAGGCAUCCGCAUCAGGACUGCUGAAUCCUUAUCUAGUACUGUUGGUACGAAAAGGUUCGCUGUGCGUAGGCGCUAUAUCUGAUCUAGGAGCCUAAUUUUAACAACGAUAAGCAGGCCACUUAUUAGAAAUUUAUUCACGCAAAUAUUCUAUCGCAGAGCAUAACCUUACAUCCCUGACAACAUGUACUAGCCCUUGUCUUGCCCCAACCCUCUACCACCGAACCAUCUGUUGCCAUUAGGAAUGCUAACUUAUGUUAGAAGUGCGUCCACGGAUCGGGUUGCGUAACUUGUUCGUCCCGUCUUAUCGUUCUCUUUGCCUCAGCUUUUUUCACCAACGAACAUAUUUGCUGUUUGAACGAACUCUUAUUAUAUGUAGCGAAAAAUUUGCAUUCAGACAUUGGUAUUACCUCUAAUAAAACGAAUGACACUUAGAAAUGUGUUAUUUGAUUUUGAAUACUUGGAACUUUAACAAGUAAGCGGUAUAUCUCCGAGCGUUUGAGGGGCUUUUCAUAGACGGGAUUUCCCGUUUGCUUAUACUAGACUCCUCAUGCACUGACCUACACUUUCUACUUCAGAUCACAAGCAUCACUCGACGCUUUGCUCGUUGUGACUUAGUUGCCGUCGGCGACCGACCACUUGCCGGUCCUUUCCGUGGCAUGAUCCGGCGUGAAGACAUCAGAUCCACCCAAAGAGAUCGUGCAGAACCGUCCCUCUCCUUUCGUCCUGGAGAUCUUAUCCGGGCGCGUGUCAUCAAUCUCAUCGGUCAUGUGGCUGGAGGCCAUCCCUCGACCUCACUUCCAGGCGUAGCUUCACCGGAUGUGGAACCCAUAAUAGGAUCUGCUCGCGCUGUCGCUGCCGCGGUCACAUCAGGCGUAGACUCUUCGGCUGCGUCCUCGCCUACCUGUCUGCUAUCAACAGCCGAACCGGAACUUGGUGUUGUCCUGGGCAUUGGAAGGCCCCCUCUGAGCGGAACAUCAAGUAUCUUCGGCUCCACUGGCGGCUUACCGCUUGUGCCCAGUAGCUGGACCGAGAUGGUCUGUCCACGCUCCAUGGCCAAAUUUCCACGUAAAGUCGCCAAGGUGCCCAACGAGCUAAUUGACAUUCUCCUGUCUUCUUCGUGUCAGUAG